AUGGUAAACAUAAAAAAAGAAAACAUUUUAGAAGACAAAAAAACAGUCAUGAGAAAUAUAGAUGAUGAAUAUAAUACAACAUCAUUAGUAGAAAAAAUUAUAAAUAAUAAAGAAAAGGAUAUAAAUAAUAACAGAAAUGAUAAAAAUAAUAAAAUUCAAAAAAAAUGUGAUGGAAAUUCAAAUUUGGAAUCAAGUUUAGAAUCUGGAAGUGAUAAUUCAGAAAAUUUUGAAAAAUUAUUGAAAAAUGUUAAAGUAGUUGAUAUUUCAAACUUUAAUAAAAAUGAAUCAAUUUCAGAACGAAGUUCAAGAAUUUUUCCUACUGUUGAAAAACAUUUAUCUAUGACUCUGUCAUUCAUAUACAAUUUUAUGGUUGAACAUCACUUUUUAGAAUCUCUUGAAGUAUUUGAGAAAGAAUAUAUAAAAAAAUUUGAUGAUGAUAUAAAUAAUCUGAGAAAAGAAAAAUAUCAAGAUGUAUUUGCUCAAAACGAAUUAUUAAGAAAUGAUUUUCUGAAUAAUGAAAAAUUAAAAAAGGAAGUUCAAAAUUCUUUGGAAGAUGCAAAUAAAAAAAUUCAAAAAUUAAUGAAAGAAAGAGAUUAUUAUUUAAUGCAUCAUAAGAGAGUUUUGCAAGAGAAGGAAACUCUAAAUAAAGAAAUUAAUAAACAAAAAAAAGAAAUUGAAAAAAUUAAAGUUUCUCUAAAUGAAAUAAGAAGCAAAUACGAAUUAGCAAUUAAAGAAAAAACGCUUAUUGCCAUGGAAAAAGAAAAAAGGGAUAAUAAAAUCGAAGGAUUAAAUAAGUACAUUCAGAGACUCAAGUAUUUAUUAGGAAGUAGCGAAUCAGAUACUCCAGUAAUAAACAUUCCGUCAAUGGGUGAAAAGAAUAGAGAUAUAUAUCAUGGCGUUAACUCAAAACAAGAUAAAAAGGAUAUAGAAAAAGUAAACACAAAAAGAGAAGAUACUCCCUGGCCUAAUAACGAAAGUGUUAAUUGUGAACUAACUGAAAAAGAAGAUAAGGAAGAUUUCAUUUUAUCUAUUUCUUCUUUAAAUAUUGAAAAAUCUUUUAAUGCUCAUAACAAUGCUGUAUUAGGUCUUGCGUAUAAUGAUAAAGUUCGUUUAUUAGCAACAGGAGGAGAUGAUGGAAAAUGGAAAACAUGGAGUAUCAUAAAUUAUGAAUUAAUAAUGGCUUCACAAGCCCACAAAAAAUGGAUAGGUGAUCUAUGUUUUAAUAAUGAAGGAAAUAUUUUAUGUACAUGUAGUGGAGAUUCUAAAAUAAAAUUAUGGGAUAUGAUAAAAGAAAAAUGUAUUCAUACUUUUAAAAAUUCAACUGGACCUAUAUGGAGUUUAUCAUUUCAUUAUCAAGGUGAUUUUUUUGCAUCUGCUUCGAUGGAUCAAACAAUUAGAAUAUUUGAUAUAAAUAGUUUAAGACAAAGACAAAUUUUAAGAGGGCAUGUUGAUAGUGUAAAUUCUGUAAAUUAUCAUCCAUUUUUCAGUACUCUUGUUACUGCAUCUGUAGAUAAAACGAUAUCAAUUUGGGAUAUGAGAAGCGGGCUAUGUGAAAAUACUUUUUAUGGUCAUCACUUUCCAUGUAACUAUGCCAAUUUCACCACAGACGCAAAUUGGAUUUUUUCUUGUGAUUCUGGUGGUGUCGUUAAAAUAUGGGACAUACGUGCAAAUAGGUGUUUUAUUGAUAUAGAUGCAGGUCCAUCAAGUGCAAACAAAUGUCCAAUGGAUAAAAGCAAUAAAUAUUUAUUUAUAGCUUCAGAAGACCAUACAAUAAAAAUAUUUGAUGUAAUGGAAAAAAAGUUUGUUAGGGCACUGAAGCACGAAUUUCCAAUAAAAAACAUUUUAUUAGAAGAUAAGAGGAUAUUUUGUUCAUUAUCUAGCGGAGAAAUUUUUAUUUGGGAGCAAAUAGAGAAAUGA